AUGCCUCACAAACGAGCUAAACGAUCUGUCAGGGAACAACAGCGCAGUCAAAAGUCACUAGAUCUUGCACCAUCUCACUUAUCUAUUAGCCAAGAGCCAAUACCGAAGUCUCUCGCCCGCGCUCUCAACGCAGCGAAGGUUCGGGAAGAGUGGAGGAAGAGGAAAACAGAAGACAGAGAGGAAGAGAAGACUGGAGCAGAUCGGAAGAAACGGAAACUGAAUGGGAAGGAGCAAAGCAAAAUCUCCAAGAUUCUGCCCGGAGAAUCUCUACAGCAUUAUAAUAAGCGAGUAGAGAAUGACAUGCGACCUUUGGUGAAAAAUGCUGUCCAUUUAUCAAAGAUCGCAGUACGUGAUGCUCGAAGGCAAGAACUUACUGCUAAAGCUGCCAAAAAAGCACCCAAGCUGAAACCUGAUGUUCGGGAUCACCUCGACGAACCGGCAAACGAACUGACAUCGAAAGUAUCAAGUCGACCAACAGAAUUUGAAACAUUAUCUACAUCAGUACCUCGACGACUGAACGACAUUGCUCAAUCGCCGCCAGAACUCAGUCGGCUUCCCCGAGGAGUCUCUACCAUGAAAGUCGCAAACGCGAAGGUGGACAGACGAGAUGGUGUAGUCUCCUUGGCCCAGAAGGCUAUGAUGGAGGAAGAACGAGAAAAGGCUAUCGCGCGGUACAGAGAAUUAAAAGCUUAUCGGAGAAAGGAUCGCAAUGAGGAAGAGACCGAGGAUUAA